AACAGCAACAAUGGUAACAACGACAAUGGCAUCAGUCACUACUUCUAAUCCUAACAUCAUCACUGAUGUCGCCAACAUCACCUCAAGCUCCGUGUCUGACGUCACCAGCAUGUCUGACAUCAGUACCAUCAACGUCACCCCGACGGCUCUCGCCGCUGCUGCCGGAUCCCUCUCCCCAUACUCCCUCUGGUUGUGUCGUCUGAACACAGUGGAUGUUAGCAACAUCAUCGGUAGCUUUGUCAUCGCCUUUGCCAUCGUGGUGACAUCAGCUCCAACUGCUGCGGUCAUCUGGCGUACCGCUUCACUCCACCGCACCUCCUACUUUUACGUCCUCAUAUUGUGUCUGCUGGAUGGCAUGCUUGGUGGCACCAUCUUCGUCAUGACCACAGCCGUCGUCUUCAGUGGCAUGCUGUCCGGCGGCCUCCCGAAGCUCGUUUGCGUCUUGUCCGAGGCGUUGAUGAAUGCCAUCAUGAAUGCCGUCAACGUCAUGAUGCUUUUCUUGAGCAGGGAUCGCCUUUUGUCAGUUGAGCACAAUAUUACAUAUCCGCUAAGGGUUCCUCUUGGCAGAGAGUGGAGUCAUCUCAAGAUGGCCGCCGUCUACGGGCUUCUGCAGGCGGCCAUGCUGACUGGCGGUCGACUGUACACCGAUCUACCUGCCCAGAAAGAGCUCUUCUGUGACCCUAUGAGUGACCUCCUGAGACCGGAGACGGCGCUGCUGGCAGCGAUCUCCGUCACGGUCAACAUCGGCAUCGACGUGGCGACAAUCUUCUGCAACGGCAGGAUCAUCCUGGCAGCAUCAAAGCACAAGAAAAUGCACGAGAUUUCCCGGCACAUGCUCAAUGGAGAGGAGCGGCUGAAACACAACAUGAAAAUUGUCGUCUUCACGAUGAAGCUCGUAUGCCUGUUUCUAUUGUGCUCCUUUCCGUUCAAAUUUGCGCUAUUGCUGUAUGGUUUCCGUUUCCAUGGCAACACCGAUUUCACGCGCCACCUUGGAUUUCUGAGGACGUUGUAUCACGUUCUGGAUGGGUGGACGUUUUGUACUAACGAGGAAUUGAAGGUAGCAAUGUGGACAAUGUUUUUUGGCAAGCGAUCAAACCGAGUUAGUGCGGAGAUAGGACUGAUAUGUCUGUCAGGUGAGAAGAGGAGCGAAGAGUGAGGCGAGAGGUGUCAUCAUAUGACAUGUAUCUUCGACCCAAGUCUGUGGAUAAAUUUAAUACAAUGUUCUGAAUCAUGUUCCGACAGAAA